GCGAGUUUUGAAAUCAACAGCCCGCAAGGUGCGAGGGGCCCGCUCUCGUUCAUUUCAGAGGGGGCUUCCGCUGGAAGAAGCGAGGCCGUCCCAGCGUCCGCGCUGCCCCUGGAAACCCGAGAUGCGAAGGGCUGUUCCCCCGCGCUCUCUUUCUCUCCCCGUUCCGUUUUAAAAUUUUGGUCGGAGGAAAGAAAACAGUCUAGCGCCCAGUUGCGUGCGAAGACGAGGAGAGAAGAGUGACACACCCUCCCUUUAGCCCGCCCCGCGCUGCGCUUCGCUGGGAGGCGGGGGCCCGGCGAGGCUGCGCCCACCGGGAACGCCCUCUCCCAGUCUUCCGGCUCGGAGGAUGGCCCGCUGACUGGGGCGGGAGCGCCGCGCCGGGCGGAAUGAUGCUUCGGAGGGGCCCCUGGCCCUGGCGCGUGCGUCUGCUGCAGACCCCAGGAACCCAAGGCGGAACGCAUCCGCAACCGCCGAUGCCCCAGGUUUUGUGUGUGAAACUGUGUGGAAAUCUGAAAUUGUAUCAGUCAAAUCUUUAUAGUACAGUGGGGCCAUCUGACGAAAUCACAAUUAAUUAUAAACAUGGCCUUCCCUUGGUAACACUUACUUUGCCGUCCAGAAAAGAGCGCUGUCAGUUUGUAGUCAAACCAAUGUUAUCAACGGUUGGUUCAUUCCUUCAGGACCUACAAAAUGAAGAUAAAGGUAUCAAAACGGCUGCCAUCUUCACAGCAGAUGGCAGUGAAAUUGCAGCUUCAACCUUGAUGGAAAUCUUGCUAAUGAAUGAUUUUAGACUUGUCAUUAAUAAAAUCACAUACGACGUACAGUGCCCUAAGAAAGAAAAACUGAGUAGUGAGCACACUACUGAGAUGGAAAACAUGAAAUCCUUGGUUCACAGACUGUUCAUAGCCUUGCAUUUAGAAGAGUUUCAGAAAAAGAGAGAGCACCAUCUGCUGGAGAAAAUUGACCACCUGAAGGGACAGCUGCAGCCCCUCGAACAGAUGAAAGCGAGAAUUGAAGCUCACUCAGAAGUCAAAACCAACGGACUUCUGUGGGCUGGAUUAGCAUUGCUGUCCAUUCAGGGUGGGGCAAUGGCCUGGCUCACUUGGUGGGUGUACUCCUGGGAUAUCAUGGAGCCAGUUACAUACUUCAUCACAUUUUCAAAUUCCAUGGUCUUUUUUGCAUACUUUUUAGUCACUCGACAGGAUUAUACUUACUCAGCUGUUAAGAGUAGGCAGUUUCUUCACUUCUUCCACAAGAAAUCAAAGCAACAGCAUUUUGAUGUGGUGCAGUACAACAAGUUAAAAGAAGAUCUUGCUAAGGCUACUGAAGCCCUGAGACAGGUGCGCCACUCUAUCUGGAUGCAAGUAGAGGAAUUCGAUGAAAAGAAGUAAUCUUACAUUUUUAAAUGUCAGUGAAUUUUUCCAUUAUGUGUUCAUUUUGCAACUUAGCAACUGGAACUUUUGUCCCAUAGUUCAUUUGAAUUUGACUGUUUCAAUCUCUUGUUAAUAAAAAAAAAAUGCUUGCAAAACACAGGUAUUCUUUGAUGCUCUCAUUUGAGAUUUUCAGUUUGUGGAUUCUCACGGCUUGUUGAGGUUUACUGCUGGAAGGAGCUUGGAGGCGUCCGUCAGAAUCAAAGCUGCUACUAUUACAGUUCAGCAUUUAAGAAGCUUUGUCAGCCUGUCCUGUGUCAUUCCCGUGCGGAGGUGAAACGAGGGCCAGGCCCGUGUUCGUUGGAUGAACUGAGGAGAGCUUCUGUAGUCAUUUGCUCUUGCAAGAAGAGCCGGCAGCACCUGUGGGUCGGGGGUUAAAGGAAAGGUACAAUGUUCAACCGACAGUGAAGUCCCUGUCAUGACCACAAAAAAAAAGGUAUAAAUGUCCCACGGACCUUAGCGUACAGUUGGCACGUGUUUUGAACUACAACUGAAACAGCACAGGCAAACUACUGCUUCUGAACUAGCAACUCACAAGUUUGUUAUCAAAGCCCAAACUUUUAAUCAUAUUCAGCCUCCGGCAGGUUAUUAACAAAACAUAUUACUCAAAAUUUACAUAUCAUAUUAGUAAGAACUGAAUCUUAAAAGUAACAUCUGGGAAUUCCCUGGCGGUCCAGUGGUUAAGACUCCGAGCUUCCACUGCAGGGGGCACGGGUUCAUUCGCUGGUCGGGGAACUAAGAUCCUGCAUGCCGCAUGCCGCGUGGCACAGCCAAAAGAAAAAAAAGGUAACAUCUAUUAUUCCAUGAACAUGAUGAUGGUCUGUGAGUGGGACUGCCGGACAGUGUAUAGUAACUAACACGCAAGAUACUGACAGAAUCAAACUUUGCAAGUGUGUAGCCUCUACUGACUAAGAAUUAACUGUGUUUUUAUAUUUCUUCCUCAGAAUGCCAUGUAAUAGUUCUUGAAGACUCUUUUUUUUUUUUAAGUGAGAGUUAAAGUCUUAUAUAAAAAGUGAUAAUUCAUAUGUAGAUUAAUUUAUAUGACCAAGUAAAACAAGCAUCUAUAAGUUACACAAAUGAGUAAGAAUGUGAAUUUGAAAAAUUUAAUAAAGGAUGAAUUUCAGAUAUUAAAGGAAAACAACAAAUUAUUAGGUUCAAAAACUUUUAAAAACAUUAUAAAGUUUUAUAAAAAGUCACAGAAUACAAGUUAAAUCAGUCAGGUAUUUUGACUAACCUUGCAAUUUACUACAAAAGUCAAGUAUUACAAAUGCUUGUGGAUUUUUAUUUAUAGGAAUUCCCUGAGGAUUUCAUUUCUACACAUAUCAAACCCCUUCACCAUGUCCAAUGUGAGCUGUUUUUUUGUAAAGUUCUCUCAUUAGAGCUUAAGACAUUUAAAAUUGCUGUACCAUUACCGAGUGAUACUUCUUUAUAUAAAAAUACAGAUACAUAAAACAAAAUAGCACCUAUCAAUCAUUUAGAUUUUGGAAAGAAAUGCAGCUUUUUAGUUAGCAUUGAGGCAAAGCAGGGCACCUGCUUCUUUCCAAUUGCACUUGGGUCUCUGCAGAUGCCCACUCGGCGCUGAGAAACUUUCCUGUUCACCAGCGUGAGGAGUUCUGUGAACUCUAAGGAGGACCCGAAUUUUCCCAGCAUCUCGCACAAAUCUUGAAUGUACCAUGAGCCAUUCACAGUUUCCCGAUGAGAAUAAUAACCUAAAAAAGAUAGACAGGAGAGCCACUGAAGUUUUCUGGUCACUUACUGUGACAGAAAAACACCUUUAGAAAGUCUGAGUUCUUAAAACUCCUUGGAGAAGACUAAGAUGUGCCGUGAUACAGUUUUAAAAGUUUUCUCUGUUGACUAUUCUCAUGUGGGAAAAACGAUUAAUUCCAUACAGUUCUAUAAAAAUAGGGUUAAUGCUAUGUAAUUUUCUCCAUUUCCUAAAAAUUCCCAAGAUAGUAGUAACCAGGCAAUGAUUUCUGAGACAAGCGAUUAGAAAAAAGAAAAACAUAAAAUUAUUUAGUGCAAGAUCAGAGAACAACUGUCAUCAGAAUAGUUUUCAACGUUUUCCGUGAGCGUUACCACAGAAGCAGUGUCACCAUCAGUAACUGACAUAUUCUGCUGCUCAUAUUCAAUAUAAUUAGCCUUGUAGCUUUCUUUAACAUAGUUCUCAGGAAGGAUUUUUCUGUAAGGUAUUUUAUCCUUUUAGAUAUCACUCUGAUCACAUGGCACAAAGAAGUCCAUUAAGCCUCUGAGCUUCACGACCAAAUCACAUGCCCCAUUAGAAGGACCUCAGCCAAGUCAAGCCCAGGUGAAACUUACAGGAACUUAGCCAAGAAAGCCAAUUAUACAUUUGUAUCAAACACCCACACACCUUCUGCCACAGAGUAACACAUGAGGAAGUCUGCUCCAGCAGGAAGUGCGUAAACUGAGGCUGCAUCCACCUGGGUUAGGUUGACAUCCAGCUUGCUGGUCUGAUGAUCCACUGCGUCCAAAGGGAUGACUGGCACGUCGUGCUGGUUUCCCCGACAUGCCUACGAGACAAGCAGGAAAAUCCCUUCCUUUACCUACCUGUUCUUCCCAGUGCUUCACGUUCACAGUGAACGUAUGCUGCAGUUCGCCUCCACUGCAACAUCAACAGAAGCCACUUUACAGGAGCUUCAGAAACAAUGCAUUCAGCUUUAGAGCAGGCCAAAGCUGACAGGUUUUUUUCCUACUUACGUUUUCCUAUAGUUAAUGCUGAUUGAAUGGUACACUGUAAAAGGGAGAGCAUCUGUGUUUUACAGUUUCUUAGGGAUUACCCACACCAUGGCACCAAGAGUCACCCUUUCUUUUAAAAGCUAUAGUAUGUGCCUAAGUGUUUCUAUAUAAUCAGGUAAUGUAUUCCCAGAUUGGGUUUUCCUUGCCAAGAGGCCGCCAUAAAUUGUUAAGGGUCAAAAUGACACCACAUGACCUGGGAGGACAUCUAUUAAUGUGCCUCCUGCCUUUUGCUCCUACUUUAAAGUGAGGGCUCAAAUUCUUACUAAUUCUGACUCACACAAGGGCUAACAUUAAUUUCUACUCAAAUAACUAUUAUGGGCUGCAUUUUGUCCCUCCCCGAUUUAUACACUAAGGACUUAAAUAUAUAACCCCCAGUAUUUCAAAUGUGACUGUAUUUGCUGAUGUGGCCUUUAAAGAGAUAGUUAAGGUAAAAUCAGGUCCUAUUGGUGGGCCCUAACCCACUAUGACUGGCAUCCUUAUAAAAAGAGACCAGGACACAGACAUGCACAGAGGAAAGACCAUGUGAACAGAAGCCACCUCCCAGGCAAGGAGAGAGGCCUCAGAAGAAAUCAACCCUGCUGACACCUUGAUCUCAGACUUCUAACCUCCAGAACCGCAAGAAAAUACAUUUCUCUUGUCUAAGCUACCCAGUUUGUGUACAGGCAGACCUCAGAGAUAUUGCAGAUUCGGUUCCAGACUGCAGCAACACAGUGAGUACUGCAAUAAAGUGAGUCACAUGGAUUUUUGGUUUCCCAGUGCAUAUAAAAGUUAUGUUUACACUAUACUGUAGUCUAUUAAGUGUGCAAUAGCAUUAUGUCUAAAAGUACAGACCUUAAUUAAAAAUACUUUAUUGCUAAAAAAUGCUAACCAUCACCUGAGUCUUCAGCUAGUCAUAAUCCUUUUGCAAUAGUAAUGUCAAAAUCACAGUCAUAACAAAUAUAAUGAAAAAGUUUGAAAUAUGAAAAUUACCAAAAUAUGACACACAAAUGAAGUGAGCAAAUGCAGUUGGAAAAAUGGCAUCAACACAGGGUUGCCACAAACCUUCAAUUUGUUUAAAAAAAAAAACACUAUCUUCAAAGUGCAAUAAAGUGAGGUAUGCCUGUACUUUGUUCUAGGAGCCCCGGUAAACUUAAUACAGUGCUCUUAACAAGAUUCUGCUGUAGUAUUAUAAAUGCAUUCAUCAGUUCUGAAAUGGCUGAAGAAUUAGAAGCUUUAAAAGAAACAGUUCGGAUGGAUUUCAGAGUUAUAUAAAUAGAAGAUCCCUAAUAUCCUAUUUUUUACAGGAAGAUUUUGAUCUUAUAUAGUAUUACCAGGCUUAUUUUCAGACCUUAUUUUCAACUGUCUUCCUAAAUGGAAUGUGGAACACAUGGAACUCAGUGCCAUCACUUGCCAAGCCAACUGCAGCAAGAAUAAGAGCCAGCCUUUACCGGGGGCCUGCCGUGUGCCAGGCACUGUUCGAAGUGUGUUUCAUGUUAGGCCAGAUCAUUUUAUCCUCUCAGCCACCCCAUGAGCCAGUGCUAUUUUAUCCCUGUGUCACAGAUGAAGAACCUGAGGCAUAGAGAAAUGAAAUAACUUGGCAAAACAUUUUCCUCCUUUGUGGCCCAUGAGUUAUUUCCAAUUCUCCUGUCUGACAGUGCUGGCCACUCCCUUUUUCAUGAGCAGUCUCACCUGUCAUUUCUUUUUUUUUUAAUAUUUAUUUAUAUUUUGGCUGCGACGGGUCUUCGUUGCUGUGCGCAGGCGGGCUUUUCUCUCUAGUUUUGCCGAGCAGGGGCUACUCUUUGUUGCCGUGUGCAGGCUUCUCAUUGCGGUGGCUUCUCUUGCCACAGAGCACAGGCUCUACGCGCGCGAGCUUCAGUAGCUGUGGUGCGUGGGCUCAGUAGUUGUGGCUCGCGGGCUCUAGAGCGCAGGCUCAGUAGUUGUGGUACACGGGCUUAGUUGCUCCGCAACUUGCAGGAUCUUAGUUCCCCGACCAGGGAUUGAACUCGGGGCCCUGGCAGUGAGAGCACUAAGUCCUAACCUCUGGACUGCCAUGGAAUUCCCUCUACACUCGUUUUGCAGGCUAUACUUGACAUGGGGAAACGCAUCUACUCCCAUGCCUUCCAGUACCACCCACCCAUCCCCUCAUUACUCCCAAACUUACUUCUCUAAGCCGGGCUGCCUGUCUCAAGUUCUAGACCUGUAUCUCCAAUGACAUGUCUCACAGACACCCCAGUGCAGCUGUCCAAACAUGAAACCAGGGAGUCAUCCUUGACUUUUUUUUUUUAAGCCCCCCUACUCCCUUCCUCAAGGUACGGCAGGGUGUGAAACGUGGCUGUGUCCUCCAUGCCGUUCAUGGAAAUAGAGGAUUGCAGCCCUGGAACGUGAGGAAUUCCCUUUUUUGUUCAGAAUCCUUAUUGAGGUACCAAAUGAUGUUAUUCAAGCCCCCAAAUAUUUUUAUCCCUAAUACCAGUUUGGCAGUGGGUAACCGCAUCUUGGCCUAAGGGAAAAUGUGAAAGGACGAAGAUGUGAAAGGACGAAGCAAGCUAGGACUAGAAGUCUUUAUGCCCACAUUCUUCCCACCAGCUAGCACGCUCUCCAGCCCCCAAACCAACCCUGGUCUUAACAGGUGGCCCUGCACUGCACUUGCCCACCAGCAGGUGCUCGUCCAGCGGCUCUGCCUUGACACUGGGCUGGGCCAGGGAGCAGCACAUUCGUUAUUUUGAGUCAUUUCCAAUGUCAAUCCAAGUAAUGAAGAUACUGAGAAUCUUUAUGUUAAGAAAGAAUUACUAACAGCUCAAACUGCGACUCUGGCUAGGAUUCAAAAAGGGCCUUUCCGAUCUACUGGAGAAAGUUACUUCCGAAAUCAGCUUUAGUUCUUUCUAGUCACAUGUACAGAACGAUGGCCUUGAUAAUUAAGACUAUAACAUAAUCAGUCUUACCUGAAUGAUAAAUAUCUUGGGUUUUCCAACCAGGCUCUGACACUUGUCUCCUUUGAACAAGCCAGUCAGUGUCUGAAUUUCAAUCUUGGCAUCAUAUGCAUAGAUGUGGUUGCCUUCACCGUGACUCAGGAAAACACACAAAAAGCAAUCGGCGUCUACAUGGCUAGCGGUUGAUGCUAAAAAGGCACCCAAAAGUUACUCAGAAAUGAAAAUAAGGUGCUUAUUAUCUACAUCUAAAAAUUUAAUUUACUAAUAUUAGAAUAAAGUUACAUACAUACAAUUGAGGGAGGGGGAAAAUUUGUUAUAAUAUAAAAUGUCUGUAAUGAAACAACUUAGAAUUUAAUCAAGCAAUAAUUUAUACCAUACUAUAUCUGAUUUUUUAAAAAUCCAAAUUAUUACAGUUCAAAGUAAUAGAGGUGAACAGAUUUUGUUGGCUCUCCUAAAACACAGAAUAAUGACAUGGAAAACCUAAAGGGAUUAUUGUGGGGAACGCCCUUAAAAGAUCCAAGUCAUUUUGGCAAUACAAGUUUCUUUGAAUCAGCAGAGACCUUCUGGAAAGACCCCAAAACUACUACAUAACACCUCCCUACGUGUCGCUGCACCUCCAAGGUGUGCAGCACCUUCACUAUAUGUCCGCGGCGCUCAGAGCUUCCGAAAGAGUAUUAAGACAGGAGAGUGAUGUCCUCCAAAGCUGAGGAGCAAGCAAAGUAGAAAACCUGGUAAGCAGCCAGUUGAAAUUAUUUACAGGUUAAAGAAGAACUCUUCCUCAAAAAAUUAAAAAUAGAACUACUGUAUCCUGCACUUCCACUUCUGGGUAUUUAUCCAAAGACAACAAAAAUGCUCAUUUGAAAAGAUAUAUGAACCCUCAUAUUCAUUGCAGCAAUUAUUACAAUAGCCAAGAUAUGGAAGCAACCUAAAUGUCCAACAGUGGAUGAAUGGAUAAAAAAGACGUGUGUAUAUACAGGGGCUUACCAUUCAGCCAUUAAGAAAAGAAAUCUCGCCAUUUGCAACAACAUUGACUGAAUCCUGAGAGCAUUAUGCUAAGUGAGGGAAGGCAGAGAAAGACAUGGUCUUGCUGUAUGUGGAAUCCAAAACGCCAGCCAGCAAGCAGGCGACCAACCUCAAAGAUGCAGAGAAAAGACUGGUGGCUGCUGGGG